AUGGCCGCCGCAGUUUCCACCGUCGGUGCCAUCAACAGAGCUCCGUUGAGCUUGAAUGGGUCAGGAGCAGGAGCUGCAUCAGUCCCAGCUACAACUUUCUUGGGAAAGAAAGUUGUAACAGCAUCGAGAUUCGCGCAGAACAACAAGAAGAGCAACGGAUCAUUCAAGGUAUUGGCUGUGAAAGAAGACAAACAAACCGAUGGAGACAGAUGGAAAGGACUUGCCUUCGACACAUCUGAUGAUCAACAAGACAUUACCAGAGGCAAAGGUAUGGUUGACUCAGUCUUCCAAGCUCCUAUGGGAACCGGAACUCACCAUGCUGUCUUAAGCUCAUAUGAGUACAUUAGCCAAGGCCUUAGGACUUACAACUUGGACAACAUGAUUGAUGGUUUGUACAUUGCUCCUGCUUUCAUGGACAAACUUGUUGUUCACAUCACCAAGAACUUCUUGAAUUUGCCUAACAUCAAGGUUCCACUUAUUUUGGGUAUUUGGGGAGGCAAAGGUCAAGGUAAAUCCUUCCAAUGUGAGCUUGUUAUGGCCAAGAUGGGUAUCAACCCAAUCAUGAUGAGUGCUGGAGAGCUUGAGAGUGGAAACGCAGGAGAACCAGCCAAGCUUAUCCGUCAAAGGUACCGUGAAGCAGCAGACAUGAUCAAGAAAGGAAAGAUGUGUUGUCUCUUCAUCAACGAUCUUGAUGCUGGUGCGGGUCGUAUGGGUGGUACAACUCAGUACACUGUCAACAACCAGAUGGUUAACGCAACGCUCAUGAACAUUGCUGACAACCCAACCAAUGUCCAGCUACCAGGAAUGUACAACAAGGAAGAGAACGCUCGUGUUCCCAUCAUCGUCACGGGUAACGAUUUCUCCACUCUCUACGCUCCUCUCAUCCGUGACGGACGUAUGGAGAAGUUCUACUGGGCCCCGACCCGUGAAGACCGUAUCGGUGUCUGCAAAGGUAUCUUCAGGACUGACAAUGUCAAGGACGAGGACAUUGUUACUCUUGUUGAUCAAUUCCCUGGUCAAUCCAUCGAUUUCUUUGGUGCAUUGAGGGCGAGAGUGUACGAUGAUGAAGUGAGGAAGUUCGUUGAAGGACUUGGAGUUGAGAAGAUCGGAAAGAGGCUGGUGAACUCGAGGGAAGGACCUCCCGUGUUCGAGCAACCCGAGAUGACUCUUCAUAAGCUUAUGGAGUAUGGAAGCAUGCUUGUGAUGGAACAAGAGAAUGUCAAGAGAGUCCAACUUGCUGACCAAUACCUCAGUGAGGCUGCGUUAGGAGACGCAAACGCAGAUUCUAUCAACCGCGGAACUUUCUACGGAAAAGCAGCCCAGCAAGUAAACCUGCCUGUUCCUGAAGGGUGUACUGAUCCUGUGGCUCAAAACUUUGAUCCAACGGCUAGAAGUGACGAUGGAACUUGUGUCUACAACUUUUGA